UGGUUCGCUAAAUCCUUAGGCUCAACCCCCGCGCCGGCGUCAGCGUGUACGCUCUAGCCGAGCCCCCACCAUGGCUAGUUCUCAGUUGGGUCUGUUGACCGUUUAUCCACUCAGGUCCCCAUCUUUUCUGUCACGAUUCAGUACACUUUCCGUCUCUUUAAACUCCAUCUCUGCGCCGAACUUGCGCUCCGGUUCCUUCGUUUUCAGAUUUCGGUCGAACUUCAAUCUGAAAAUCCGCCGGAAACAGUAUCCAGUUGCGGCGGCUAUGUUGUUGCCUGAUAAUCCGGUGGUCUCCGACAUCUGUGCCAGUGUCUUGUCCGGUGCAGUCGCUUUUUCUUUGCUUCGAUUAUGGGCGGAAACGGCUAAGCGCGGCCUUGAUCAGAAAUUGAACAGGAAGCUUGUUCAUAUAAGCAUUGGGCUUGCUUUCAUGCUUUGCUGGCCUAUGUUCAGUUCUGGUCGUCGAGGAGCGAUAUUGGCCUCUCUAGUUCCCGGUGUCAAUAUAAUACGAAUGCUUGUCUUUGGAUUGGGAAUCGUGAAAGAUGAGGCCACAGUAAAGUCAAUGACCAGAUAUGGAGACUACAGGGAGCUAUUGAAGGGACCAUUGUAUUAUGUUGCAACAAUUACAUUAGUUUGCAUAUUCUAUUGGAGGACGUCCCCCAUUUCAAUUGCUCUCAUAUGCAACUUGUGUGCUGGAGAUGGGGUGGCCGAUAUCGUUGGAAGACGAUUUGGAACUCAAAAGAUCUCAUACAACAAAAACAAGUCUAUAGUUGGUAGUGUAGCAAUGGCAUCUGCUGGCUUUCUUGCAUCUGUUGGGUAUAUGUACUAUUUCUCCUCGUUUGGGUACGUAGAGGGAAGCAGCAGAAUGGUUUUGGGAUUCUUAGUUGUGUCUCUUGCCUCAGCAUUGGUUGAGUCUCUCCCCAUUAGCACUGAGAUUGAUGAUAACCUCACUGUUCCACUCACUUCCUUUCUGGUGGGGAGCCUAGUUUUUUAGCAUUUGGGGCCAACAAACAAAGUUGCUAUUCCCAGAAGAAUAGGGAAAUUUGGGGAUUUCUUACAAAUCCUGCUUGUUUGUUGUGUAGUCUAGACUUUGAAUAGAUUUUCGGGAUACCGUUCGUUCUAUUGUAACGACUCUAUUUUUAUAACGACUCUAUUUUUAUGGA